GAUAACGAAGAGAAGGAGUUCCUGCGCCAGCUUAUUCAAGAGAAGCGUGAGGAGCAGAAUCGGAAAAGGGAAGUGGAGGAGAGAAGGAAGAUGGAUGAGCUUAUCCGGCAGGAGAUUGAGCAGAAUGCGGAAGCCUUGGAACCUCGGGUAAUGAUGAAGAUAGGGCGGCAGUACCUUGUUACCCGGGAGGAGGCUCGGUGGGAGGAAGGGCGCGCACCUGCGUGCAAGGCUUCGGUUACUCCUCUUAGGGAAGGUGAGAGAUGUGCUAAAUUUGAAGACCGUGGGAUUGAGGAUAUCGAAGACGAGAUAGCAAAGCUUUAUGAGAUACGUGAAAAGAAGAGGCGGGGUAAGGAGCCUGUGCAAGCGACCAGAAGACCGUUUCGACAACCUGUGUUUCAUCAAGAUGACGGCUCGGUUGAUAACCUCCGACCGGAGUCCUCGGAGAUGGGAGCAGAGCGUGAUCGAACUAAGAUCCUAGUGGGGAGUGGCCCAGAAGGGAUACUUAACUAUGUGCUGCAGCAACGACGACUUCUCACGGGGAAGAACAAGGACCAGUUGAAGGCUAUUUGUGCUUUGGAAGGAAUCCAAUACACCACGAAGGCCCCUACGAUCGAGAAGAUAAUUGAGGAACGAGUCAAGGUGGCGUACGAAGGAUUCAUCUUUACCCCGGCACCGACAGGUGGCAGCCCCGGUGAUGAGGAAUGUACGCCUUGUGCUAAGGUGGGUUUGCUCGGUUCCGGCUUUGGCAGAACCUUUUUGAAUGUCUGCGUCUUAGGAAUUCGCUUUUUGUAGGUGGCGGAUCUUCGCAUCUCCGAUGUC